AUGGCAGAGCGAACGCCUCUGGGAUGGACCUGUGUCGGCCCCAUGCGAGAAAAAGGUCAAGUAUCCAGUCAGAUACGGACAGGAGCUCACGCCGUCACAGUCUCUGAGGAGGCUGGACUGGACAGAAUUCUUCGACAGUUCUGGGAGAUAGACAGUUUUCAGCCAAUGUCAGAUCGCAAGAGCCCUCUCACAACUGACGAAAAAAGUGCGGUGGCGCACGCUGAAGAAACGAUGGAGAUGCAAGACGGACGGUACGAAGUUGGCGUGCCCUGGAAAGGUCACACACCUGCUCUCAAUCAGAGAAGUAACAACAAGGGCGUGGCGCUGGCGAGGCUGCGAAGUUUGGAGGCCAGUCUGCUGAAGAAGCCAGACUUGAAGGACAAGUAUGAGGAAGUGAUCGCAUCGAAUCUAGAAAAGGGAUACGUCCGCAAGCUGGAGGAAUCUGACGUUGCCAUACAAAACGAGGCCUGCUGGUACCUGCCGCAUUUCCCAGUCGUAAGAGAAGACAAGCAAACCACAAAAGUGAGAUUUGUGAUGGAUGCCGCGUUCCAGGUUGGAGGACGCAGUCUGAACUCAGAAAUGCUGCCCGGACCAAAACUGCAAAAUGACAUCGUGGACCUGCUACUCAGGUUCAGACGAAGACCAGUUGCUCUGGUAGGAGACAUCAAGGAGAUGUUUAGCCAGAUCUGGUUGAAGGAGAGUGACAGAUGCUUCCACCGAUUCCUGUGGAGGAACAUGGAGUGUGAACGAGAGCCUGACGUAUAUGAGUCUACUAGGAUCAUAUUCGGUGGACGUGCUUCUCCCUUUCUGGCUCAGAAGGUUCUGCUGCACCAUGCCGAGAAAGAAAAAGAAGACUUUCCGCUGGCUGCCAACAUCAUCAAGGAAGAAACCUAUGUGGACGACGUGAUGACCUGUCUGGAGACAGAAGAGGAGGCCAGGCAGGCAAGAGAGGAGCUCACCCAGCUGCUAUCGAAGGGAGGAUUCUCGAUACGAAGAUGGUGCUCCAAUCGCUCAGCUCCUCUUGAUGGAGUCCCAGAUGAGGACAAGGUCACCAUCAAUCCAGACAGCUCCGGGCUGCCAACGACAAAAAUCCUGGGAAUUCAGUGGAACGCAGAGGCUGAUCAAUUUGUGUACGACGUCAUCACCCCGGAGAAGAUUGUGUACACAAAGAGAGGGGUGCUGUCGAAGGAAGUGGAGGAGCUGCACCAGAUCAGCAUCCCACGCUGCUUACGCCCGGAUCGUCAAGACAUAUGUGAUGUAUCUCUGCAUACAUUUACUGAUGCAUCAGAAAAAGCAUUUGGAGCAGUGACGUACAUCAGGUACGUCUUCAGCGACGGAAGUGUGACAGUCACGUUCGUAGCUGCUAAGACAAGAGUAGCGCCACUGAGUGCUACCAGCAUCCCUCGUCUGGAGCUCAUGGGUGCGCAGAGGCUGUUCACGCUGGGCAAGACGGCCAUGUGCGGGUCGUAG